CUGCUGUACUUAUGGCUUUGUGCAUUAAUAUUAGGCAAGGAUCCAUGCUCUUCGUAUAUUGAACUGUGGGACGCUGACCGAGAACUGAGGUUCACUAAGGAAACUGGGAAGAGCGACAGGGACGAUUUAGAGGCAGGAGUCUGGUACCGAAUCACCGGCGAAGCAGGAUACAAAAUGGCAAACAGGUACCCGCAGAAUUGGAGACAUCACUGUCUACAAAUAUUGUUUUAGUUAUGCAAUUCGUAACGAGUGAAACAACAGAAUCUUUUGUUUCAAGAACCAAUGCGCUUCUGGUUGGCUCAUUAAUAUCAAUAGGUGUCAUCAGCGUGAGUAUCGCUACGGCUUUUUUUUUCAAAAGGCGGGAACUUAUUAGGCCACAUAGGUUCCCGCUCGUCUGAGGAUGUUCUUGCUCAUAAACCUGAACAGUGUACAAGCCUACUGUGUGCAGAAAUGCCAGAACGGGUGGCCAUUGGUGAAGUAUUGGUUAAUUUCAAGACAUUUCUCUUUCACUUCGGGGUGUUCAAUACUGGACUUCGUUGUAAGAAAAUUGUUUCUCUUAAUCUUCCGAAAAAGACCAACGCAAAGGCAUUGCGACAUGUCUGAAUAUAUUGUUUCGUUUAAUAAUAAUUUCUAUUGGCUUGCUAGAUUACUAGCUACAUUAUGCAUUUAAUCGAUUAUAAAUUCUGUUAUAUUGUUAUCACGCGCUAAAGAAUGCAUUUUUUGCAUUUUUCGUUUCUUUCGCGUGAUCAAAAAUAGAUACCACCCGCGGAACAAAACCAUGCAUAUCUUUCAAAUUCUUCUUCACACAGGCUAAAGAGCAAAGAGAAAGAGUGUCCAACGGGAAUACAUUGUGGCACCAGCGUUCCUGGCUUUAUGAUAGGCCGUCAUCCUCAAAUAAAAGGAAACGUCCGUACAAGAAAAGUGUGUUUUUCGAAAGGUGGUAACUGCUGUGCUUACAAAGUUACCAUCAAAGUGAAGAGAUGCACGAAUAGAGUCCUUGUCUAUCAGCUGACAAAGGCCCCUAUUGGAAAUUCUCGCUAUUGCAGUUUUGCAAGUACGUGAGUGGGUAUAAAUUAUCAGAAUUAAAGCAAACAUAAAUUAAGACUUAGUUCUAACAUGAUCAUUUUUUGGUCUGUUAGACAAUUCAGGCCUUGUAACUUUAUCCUGACCCUUCGGCGUACGGGGUAGGGUGGGGAUAGCCAUUGCCUCCAAGGUUCUUCUUUUUUUACAAAACAGUUUUUUUUUGCCUGAACCUCUUUUUCAUUUCCUUCACUUCUUACAGACAUGUUGGAUUUCCACUUGGAUUCCGGAUUCCUUGUGCUGUAUUCCUGAUUCCAAUGCCCAUGAUUUCGGAUUCCGGAAUCGGCAUUCUCUUACAUAGGUCGAUUGAAAAAAAAACAACAACAACAACCACAACAACAAAGACAUAACUUAAUUGCCCUUCCUUAAGUAGUCACCUCAUUUAGAUUCAUGCAAACGCCAUGAACAAACUCGUAAAGACGUUCAAUCCAUAAAACCUCCUCACUCAACGCAAGAACGCUUUAAGCAAAGCUUGCCUUCUGAUCGCAAAUUAAGGGGUACAACUAGAAUAGAAAAAUUAUGACUCUUUCAAAAGUUUCUGUUUAAUGACACUUAUGCUGAAAAAAAAGGCAUUUUGAGGGGAGUUUUAGAAUCGCUUUUACGGCAGACGUCACAUUCAAGUAGACAAUUUCUCAAAUUAGGAGAUAAACGGAUAAAAACUGUGCCAAGUAGUUCUUUAAGGAUGAACCUGACAUGAAAGUGUAGAAUACUUAUAAUUAAUAGAAUACGACAAGUAGAGGGAAUACUUGGUGACGUGGUACAAAUUGAAGUUUGCUGUUUGGCUAGCCUGCGCUUGGAAGCAACAGGCGCAAGAAAGAACAGGCGCCCCCCAUUCUUUUUCGCAUAUUAGGCUGAUUUAGCAACAGAACGGGAACGUCAGUUGACGACGGCACGCGCAAAUCAAAGAACUAGCUUGACCAAUGGCAGAGCGACAAAGUGGGCACCGGAAGUCGAGUUCAGUCGUUUUCGCGCGCUUUUCCGUCGUCAAAUGACGUUCGCGUUCUGUUGCUAAAUCAGCCUAUUAUUACGCGCCUGCUACGCAAGUUACCGUUCGGGGUAAACACGAUUCGAAAUCUCUUUUUUUUCAGGGAAACAAAAACCUACCAAGCCGCCGCGUACAACCCCACUCUCCACUACAACCAAACCACCAGUACAGACGGGAGAAGACAAAAAUCACCCUGGCAAGUCGUGUAAAGUAAUCAAACAAGAAAACCCACAGGGUGGGUCAGGGUUGUAUUGGAUAAACCCAGAUGGAGGCUGUGCUUUCCAGGCCUACUGCGACCAAGAAACAGACGGUGGAGGCUGGACGCUAGUUUACAGUUACAGAUUCACGAAUUAUCAGUAAGUUUUUUGGUCAGUAACGGAAACAGAAAGUUCAAGGUUCGAGGUUCUUUUUAACUAUUUGCGCUAAAUCUAAAACAUAAUGGAGGUCCAGUUGGAAGUUCAUAAUGAGAAUAAACGUUUAUAAAGAAUGAGGCCAAUGUUUUAUAGGUAAAUUUUGUCACUACAUAACCAGGUGAUAUCUUCUUUCUCUUCAAUUGAAUGCAGGAAUUUUCACUCUGGAAGUAACGCAGUAACGCCACGACCUUCAUGGCCAGCAAAUGGAGACAUCCUGGAAUCGAGAACCACGCCCUUGAGUGAGACUAUAUGGGGUGCCAUGGACUUCAGUUUGUGGCAGCAAAUUGGUCAUGAAUUCAUGGCCAAGUCUAACAUCAACCAUUGGGUUGUUUGCGCUGAGGGCAGUGGAAGCUUGGUGGAGUACAGAGCGGGGACUCUGAGUUGCCGCGUUGUUAAAAACAUCGCCUCUGUCUGUUACAACACAGCACCCGAUGAAAUUCGCGUGCUGACCAAAGAGUCUGCGCAAAAUUUCGGUCCACAUCUUUACAACUCGAAGAGUCCAACCUGGUUGAAGACCUAUUACUAUUGGGAGAGCUCCACACAGAGCCCUAACUGGCCCACACAUGACCCAUGCGGACGCAAUGGCUUGUCUCAUGUCAAAAACGUAGCGAACCCGCAUGGUAAUAUUUUCAUUCGUUAA